AAUUAACGCAUAUUAAAUAAUCAACUGACUCCAAAGCAUACAUUUCCUACAAAUAAUAUAUACAUAUAAAGAAAGACACGGAUGAGAUUCCAGAACAACAGACAAAACCCAUUACGCCAAGCAAACCUAAGCAAAGUAGGAGCCAUCUUAUCAUCAUUUUCUUCUUCUUCUUCUUCUUUGGUUUCUUUUACCUUUCUUUGAGAUUUGAGAUAGAAAGACAGAUAUAGUUUUUCUUUACAGAAAGAAUCUAUUUGUCUGUCAAUCGCUGUUCAUAGUUUUGUUUCUCUUUUUCUUCUGUGUAUGUAAGAAAAUUGUGAUCUUGGAGAAGCAAAAACUAAUGGUGGGUAUUUUCUCAAGAUUUUCUGUUGGUAGAGCUGGCCAUAGACGUUCCCAAAGUGCACUCGAUGAGAGGGAAGUAUUGCCCCCAAAUGAAGACGUUGCUAGGGCAGCUACAGUCACUGCUGCUGCUCCUCAUGGGAUAGGAGUAGCAGUAGAGUUUAAGCCAGUUGAGCACCCGAUUGAGCCUCUUGACAGCGAUCAACCGAUUCAAUGUCCACUACCUGAGCCUUCAAUUCUUAAUGAUGGAAGGAUAUGGAAAGAGAGAGUAUCUGCAACUGUGCGGAGGCGAGGUGACUUGCCGGUCAUGAAAGAAGGUGGGUCCCUCGAAUCUGAAUCUGCUUCGAUAAAGCCGCGGCCCAUGCAACCUAAUAGGUUGAUUCUACCAUCCAUCAGUGCCCCUGAACAUAAUUUACUGAAACUGCUCGAGGAAUGUAAUGCAUCUGGCAUAUAAAACCUGAUGUCAGUUUCUGAUGCAAAGCAGCUUUACAUAAUUUCCACAUAAUUCCAUAUGAUUUUCACUUACUAUAUGUAUUAUCAGAUAAAUAAUAAAAAAUUACCCUGCUUCUUUUUUUUUUUUUAAUUGUAUAUUUUAACAGUCCACAUGGAAAUGAAGCAUAUGCUUGGCAUUUUGAUUUCUUA